AUGGCUCCGAAAAGAAAAUAUGACGACUCCUAUAUCAAAUUUGGAUUUAUUGCAAUCGAAACUAACCAUGAAACUCGACCACAGUGUGUUAUAUGUUCCACUGUUCUUAGUAAUGAUGCGUUGAAACCCGCUAAAUUAGAACGGCAUUUAAAAACUGUCCAUCCUAAAUUGAGUGAUCGACCACCAGACUUUUUCAUGGGUAAAUCAGAAAAUUUGAAAAAAAUGAAACUUGGAACAAGUGGUUCAAGAUUCGAGUUAAAUGAAAAAGUGCUAUCUGCGUCAUUUAAAAUUGCACAAUUAAUCGCAAAAUCAAAAAAACCACACACUAUCGGUGAAAAGUUAUUGAAACCUUGUUUACUAAAUGCUGUUGAAGAAGUUUUAGGUGAGGAAGCUAAAAAUAAAAUACAAGAAAUUCCAUUAUCGAAUAACACCGUGAAAGCUCGCAUUGACAAAAUAUCUUUCGAUAUUGAAGAAUAA